CGUCUCAAUUUCCAGUCUCUCACCAUUCUCUUAAAUAUUUUCCUCCUCUGUUCUUCCACACUGUUCGUGUGGCGUGAUGCAUGAUGAGGUCUAGAGUCUUCUUCUCUCUUGCCGUUUUGUUGAUCUGUGUGCCUCGGAGUUUUCUGGUCACUAUGCACUAUCACUUUAGCAGCACUUACAGAAUCUGAAGCUCUUCUCAAAUGGAAACAAAGUCUUUCAAAUCACCAACCAAUUUUGGAUUCAUGGGUCACUCCAUCACAAGCUAACUCCAGUAAAGCUCUUGCCCUAUGUUCAUGGCGUGGAAUCAAUUGACUUUUCAGGUAGCAUCAUUGAACUAAACUUGAACAGUACUGGUCUUCAAGGUACCGUCGAAAACUUGAACUUUUCGGCAUUACCAAAUCUUCUUGUUCUCAAUCUUCAAUAUAAUAAACUCAGUGGAAGUAUACCAGAAAGAAUUGGAAUGCUCUCCAAGCUCCAAUAUCUAUCUCUAGAAGGGAACAACUUUUGGGGGUCUGUACCACAAUCUCUUGGUUACUUGUUGGUCAAAAAAAAAAAAUCCCUUUGUUACUGUACAAAUCUAAGUGUUCUCUCGAUGGCUUUAAACAAUCUCUCAGGCAUAAUUCCGCCUAGCAUUGGUAGAUUGACCAAUCUAACUGGUGUUCGCUUUCACCGUAACAAUUUACAUGGUGAUUUGCCAAGAGUUUGGAAAUGUAUCAUCUUUUAUUGUUGUUCAUCUAUCUUAUAACAAUUUCACUGGCCAUUUACCACCUCAAGUGUGCAAAGGUGGUAAGCUUGUCAAUUUCACUGCAGCUUAUAAUGGUCUCUCUGGUCCAAUUCCACCAAGUUUGAGAAACUGUUCAUCAUUAUGCAGAGUUCAACUUCAAAAUAAUCAGUUGACAGGUUAUGCAGAUCAGGAUUUUGGUGUUCAUCCUAAUCUCACUUAUGUUGACAUCAGCUUCAACAGAGUGCAAGGUGAUCUCUCUGCAAAUUGGGGUGCCUGCCAAAGCUUAGAAGCUCUGAUCAUGGCUGGAAAUUCAAUUGGUGGAAAUAUUCCUGCUGAGAUAUUUCAGUUGAAAAAGUUGCAAAAGCUUGACUUGUCAUCAUACCAAAUAUUUCGUGGGAUUCCACCACAAAUCAGAAAUGCCUCCAUCUUAUACCUUCUGAAAUUGAACAGAAACAAUAUUUCAGGUAUUGUAUUGGGGAAGGAUCUUCUGGAAAAGUUUACAACAUGGUCAUGCAAGGAGGUGAACAAUUUGCCGUAAAGUUUAGAUGUGAAGAAGAUGACAUAGACAUUGAAAGUUUAAAAUCCUUCAAGAGUGAAAUCAAAGCCUUGACAGAAAUGCGCCAUUGGAACAUAGCGAACCUCUGUAGACUUUGCUCACAAGGAUCACUCACUUCUAUGUCUCAUAGAGUUAGAUGCCUAAGAGGGUGGGUGUUGUCAAAGGUGUAGCACAAGCUUUAUCUUACAUGCAUCAUGAUUGUGAUCCACCAAUUAUUCAUAGAGACAUAUCAAGAAAUAAUAUAUUAUUGUCUGCAAAUCUUGAAGCCAUUGUGUCAGACUUUGGCACAGCAAGGUUCUUGAAGGCUAGCUCAUCAUCAAUUUGGACAACAUUUGCUGGCACACAUGGGUAUGCUGCUCCAGGUAAAUUGGGUAUUAAACCAUGUAUAACUCUAUUUGAGACAUCUAAUUUCUUGAAAAAAAAAAAAUGUUGUCUUAAUAUUCUCAUGAAUUUGGACCUGAGCUUUCUUUCUAGUUCUCAUGUUUGUUUCUUAGUCAUCCAAAUAAGAUUAGUUCAUUCUAAAUGACGCAGAGCUAGCAUAUACAAUUGCAGUGUCUGAGAAAUGUGAUGUGUUUAGCUUUGGUGUAUUGGCUUUUUGAGAUUCUCAUGGGAAAGCAUGCUGGUGAUCUGAUUUCCCACAUACAAUCCUUUGAUGGUCAAAACAUGAACUUCAAUGAGAUUCUAGAUCCACGUAUGUCACCUCCUACAAAGCAGCAAAAGUUGAAGGAAGUGACUUCGAUUGCAGAUCUUGCUCUUUCACGUUUACAGACAAACCCUUCAUCUCGACCAACCAUGCAAAGGCAUCGCUCAGAUGAUUUAAAUGGAUACUACUCAUGAUUAAUUUACAGUCAAUGAAGCUACUGCUGCACCCAAGGUUUUUGGACUUUUGGUUA